GCACGGAGCAGCUGCAGCGGCGAGAAGGAACGCGGCGCUUUCCCUAACCGCAUCAUAUUCACUCUUUAAAAAAAAAAGAAGCAAAAAGACACCCUUCAAGUCACGUCUUCUAACUGAGACAUUCAUUUCUAGCCAAAAUGGUGGACCGCGAGCAGCUGGUUCAAAAAGCCAGGUUGGCCGAACAGGCUGAGAGAUAUGACGAUAUGGCAGCUGCCAUGAAAUCGGUGACGGAGCUGAAUGAGGCACUGUCCAAUGAAGAACGCAACCUGCUCUCGGUGGCCUACAAGAACGUGGUGGGUGCACGGCGCUCAUCAUGGCGUGUCGUCUCCAGCAUUGAGCAGAAGACUUCAGCCGAUGGCAACGAGAAGAAAAUUGAGAUGGUGCGUGCCUAUCGUGAGAAGAUCGAGAAGGAGCUGGAAGCCGUUUGCCAAGACGUGCUCAACCUGCUCGACAACUUCUUGAUCAAGAACUGUAGCGAGGCACAGCACGAGAGUAAGGUCUUCUAUCUGAAGAUGAAGGGUGACUAUUACCGCUACCUGGCUGAAGUAGCUACCGGUGAGAAGCGUGCCGCUGUGGUCGAGUCCUCCGAGAAAGCCUACAGCGAGGCACAUGAGAUCAGCAAGGAGCACAUGCAGCCCACACACCCCAUCCGUCUCGGCCUGGCGCUCAACUACUCCGUGUUCUACUAUGAGAUCCAGAACGCACCCGAGCAGGCAUGCCAUCUGGCCAAGACGGCUUUCGACGACGCCAUCGCCGAGCUGGACACGCUCAACGAGGACUCCUACAAAGACUCAACCCUCAUCAUGCAGCUGCUGCGAGACAACUUGACACUCUGGACAAGCGACCAGCAGGACGACGAAGGCGGCGAGGGCAACAAUUAAAAACAGAGAGAGAGGGAGAGAGAUGGAGAGGCAGAAGAGGAGAAGACCCUCAAGAAUUACCCGUUUCCUAGCCGUAACACACAAGAAAACAUGCGUGCUCACAAAAUAAUAUGAAAAAUAAAAA